CGACACACGUCAUGUUGAUUGGGUGAAGUCAUAUCUGAACAUCUGGUCUGAGCUUCAGGCUUACAUCAAAGAGCACCACACCACAGGUCUCACCUGGAGUAAAACUGGUCCUGUCGCAUCGCCCAUGUCUAUGCGAUCGGUUCUAACGAGCGGGUCGUGCCGCUCCCCGCCAGCACCACCGCCGCCGCCGCCACCUGGACCUCCCCCCGUCUUCGACAGCGAAACCGCAAAGGAUGAAGGAACCGCAUCUCGCUCGGCCCUGUUUGCACAGCUUAACCAGGGAGAGGCCAUCACCAAAGGGCUUCGCCAUGUCUCUGAUGACCAGAAGACUCACAAGAACCCCAGCCUACGUGCCCAAUGUCCCUCUGUUCGUUCUCCAACAAAAAGCCAUACUCCAAGUUCCACCUCUCCCAAGAAUUCCCCGCAGCAGAGCCAUGUGCCCAUCCUGGAGCUCGAGGGAAAGAAGUGGAGAGUGGAAUAUCAAGAGGAUAAGAAUGACCUGGUCAUUAACAACACCGAACUCAAGCAAGUGGCCUACAUUUUUAAGUGUAACAAAUCUACACUUCAGAUAAAAGGAAAAAUCAAUUCAAUUACGAUUGACAACUGUACGAAGUUCGGCCUUGUGUUUGACAACGUUGUGGGAAUCGUGGAAGUGAUCAAUUCCAGGGAUAUUCAGAUUCAGGUGAUGGGGAAAGUGCCAACCAUUUCUAUUAACAAAACAGAAGGCUGUCACAUCUACUUCAGUGAGGAGUCAUUAGAUUGUGAGAUUGUGAGUGCCAAGUCAUCGGAGAUGAACAUUCUCAUCCCCCAAGACGGUGACUAUAAAGAAUUUCCGGUUCCUGAACAGUUCAAGACAGCAUGGGAUGGAUCUAAGUUGGUCACUGAACCUGCAGAGAUUGUAGGUUAACCUCCUCGCGCCGUAACAGCACUUGCUGACCGUGACCAGAGCACAGCCAGCACCAGCAAAGCCGUCAAGCACAGAACUAGGAGUGGCAGUAGCUCCUACUGCUGGGAUAGGCCCUCAGGCGUUAGCUCCGCACGCUAGAAGCAGUAACACAGCUGGCCCUCUUCAUUAGGCAUCCCCCGUGCUUUUCUCAUUGGCACACAGUUUGCCUUCACGUACGGUUUUAAUUCUACAUGACUUCGUGUGAAUGGAAUAGGUUAAACCCCUCCGCCUUCCAGUCACAUCACGGGUUUGAAAUGCUCUGUACAUUAAACCAA